AUGAUUGAUUUAACCACUUCCGACCAAGACCAACAACAACCAACAGAUGUAGCUGGACCGAGCACUGCCAAACGAGGUCAAACACAACCAAUUGAUCAGCCCAGCCCAAGUACUUCCAACCAAAACCAGCAACAACCAAUGAACAAAGUCGAGCCUGCUAAUACUGGGUCGAAUCAAGUUACUAAAUUAAGCAAAAAGGAUCAGAUAAUCCUUGAUGAUAUAAAGAAAAAUCUUGAAGCGUCUAAAGAAUUACGAAAGAAAAAACUCAAAGACUAUCAUAAAUCUAUGGCUUUUGGAUACAAACAAUGGUCAGUGUUGGGAAAAAAGGAAGAUAUAUUUGUAUCAAAGUACGAUCCAGACACUGAAAAGAAAGCAAAACAAGAGUAUAAAAAGGCAAGGUAUAGAGUAAACAGUAUCAGAAAACAAUUGAAAAACUUUAUGAUAAAGCAUGGUUUGGAAAUCGAAGAACUGGGUUUGGAUUUGGAUUGA